GGUUCGCUGCGGUUCCUGUUGUGGGAUUGGUUCAGACUGAGGAGGACAGACAUAAACAGAAGGAGAUGCAAAGACCAGCAUAGUCUUUGUUUAUUCGUUAUCUUUAACAACAAUAAGGAAGUAUUCUGUCGGAGCGGUUAAGCAAUACAUAUUUCUCUUGAAAUUGAUUUAGCUGCAAAACCAAGGCAAAAUGAACGGAGCAGCAUUCCCCUCCCCCACGGCAGAGAUGGCGGAGAUGAACCGUAUCCAUUAUGAGCUAGAGUACACAGAGGGGAUCAGCCAACAGAUGCGGAUCCCCGAGAUGCUCAAAGUGGCCCCCUACUCUUCUGAGAACCAGGGCACCGGCCUGCAUGAGUACUCUCAUAGCAGUGCCAUGAUGCAAGUUCCAGAGAGAAUUGUCAUCGCAGGAGACGAGGAUGAUCACCAGUACUCCAGACCCAGAGACCUGGACCUCAUUCAGUCUACCCCACUGGAGGCUUUAUCCCUGAAGACCCCACCCAGAGUUCUCACUCUCAACGAUAGGCCUCUGGACUUCAUGGAGAUGGAGCGGAGUUCAGCUCAAGCACCACCCAGUGAAGAACAGUUGAGGCCCCAGGGGCGACUACGAAGGGAGCGCUCGGCGAGUGAGAACACCCCAGUCCGCCAGAGCGGCCAGCUGACCAGAAACGAUUCCUCUGCAACCUCGUCUCUCCUUGUCCCUGUUCGCACCUGCCCCCCCUUCACUGCUGCUGAGGACCAACAGAACCUGUACAGCACUAGCGGUGUUCUGUCUUUCAUCCAGACCACCACGCGCCGGGCCUACCAGCAGGUCCUGGAGGUCCUGGACGAGAACCAGAGCAGCAAACCAUCACUGCGAGGGGGGUCGGCCUCCAACCCCCUGCAUGAGUCCAGGCUGGUAUUAGCUACACUUGAUAGCACUCUCGAUGCGGGUUGUGAUGACAUGGCUGUCGUUGAUGCAGCAACACUUCGUCGUCAGAUCAUCAAACUCAACCGGAGGCUGCAGCUUCUGGAAGAGGAGAACAAGGAACGAACAAAACGAGAGAUGAUCCUCUACUCAAUCACUGUGGCGUUUUGGCUCAUCAACAGCUGGGUGUGGUUCCGUCGCUAACUGCCCUUCCCUGGUACCGCGCGUGUGUGUGUGUGUGUGUGUGUGUGUGUGUGUGUGUGUGUGUGUGUGUGUGUGUGUGUGUGUGUGUGUGUGUGUGUGUGUGUGUGUGUGUGUGUGUGUGUGUGUGUGUGUGUGUGUGUGGACGGACCCUCACUUAUUCUAAGUGUCAGAAAUGUGCGUCAUGUUUGCUGCACUUGUUUCGCUUACAGGCGUGUGCACAAUAUAAUGUACUCUAUUUCUUUAUAGUAUACAUGUCCACUUUAUUUUUUACUUAUGUGUUUCUUAAUCAUAUCAUCCUUUAUGUGGUCUAGACUCUAUAUAACAAAAACCAUUGCGGCCAUUCCUCUAGCCAAUGAUGCUGACUGCUUGUUGUCCAUGCCUGUUGCCACUUUAAGAUGUCCUGAAGGCAACAGAAGUGUUUUGAAGAAAUGGGUUAACGUUGACAAACUGUGGAAUUACAGAGUUUAAUAGGAAUGUAAGAAUAUAUUUAUUGCAUUAGAUUGCCCUGUGGUAAGAGAGGCUGUAAAACAAGACUGUAUAGUUCAAAUAUUGUUUAUACACUUAAUUGAAUGCACGUCUUAUAUGCUGUUGUAAAAUAUAAAGAACACGUGUAAGGACUACCUAUGAAGCUUGGCAUGACUAUUCUGAAAACUGUUUUUUUCAGCUGUUAUUGGAACAACACGGCUUCAAUCUCCCGUUCAUUAGAGACCUGCAUAAUAAUGCUGAUCAUUGUAUAUUUAUUUAAAUAAAAGGCUGGUACUCAUAAGAACAGGCUGGUAACAUAAAGCAGUAAACUGUCUUUAUUCCAAAGAUAUCCUUCAAAAACAGAAAUGUAUGUUUGUAAUCUCACACAGUAUUCAGUGUCAGUUCGGUAGAUACUAAAGGUAAGCUAUGAAAAUAUGGGUAAAAAUGUAAUUUCAAUACGCUCUGCCGUCAUGUAUAAAUAUAGCGAGCCUAAUCAUUACUAUAAAUUAAGACGUUUUUUUUUACUGUGUAGAACAAUUGGGCACUAACCACACAUUGUACAUUGUGUAAAUGAAAAUAAAACUUGAUCUGAAAGUCUCAA